AUGACAUUCGAUUGUUCAAGAGUAAAACUUCCUCUUCAGAAGCGUAAUGAGCUGCGUACUCCACCACCACUGCCGCCUAGAAAUUCGCCAUAUCGGCCACCGUUAGAAGCUAGCCUUAGCCUGCGACCAACUGUGCCAAAAGAAGUAGACAGGACAUCUUCUGAUACGCCAGUGUCGACAGUCCGUGACAUCAUAUCACGGAACGGCAGACAAGGACAUAAAAAGACAAAUUCUUUGGAUAGAGGUCUAACCCUAGCAAAAUCAAUGAAGGCUGGUCCGUUUCCUCCACCUGCGAACAAAUCUAACUCACUGACACGUCAAGAACCGGAUGAUGACGAAGAAGAGUGUGCUAGAAAUACAGCAGCUGAAGGUGUAAUUCUUCAGAUUACAACUAAAGUCAUCGGCGACCAUUCAAUUACGUGCGCAAAUGGGGAGCUGGAACCGAUCGCGUCCGAAUCUUCGUCUUUGUCUUCUCCUAAUUCGGAAGUAGCGACAAAGAUUCUUGAAAGCAAACAAGAGGCAACUAUGCACUGUGAAGAUAAACAAGAGGCAACUAUGCAUUGUGAAGAUAAUGUCGGGAAUGGUCAAGUUAACGCUGGAGAUGUUGAACCAGAAAAAUCUUCUGAUAUCUACAUUCCAAGCACGAGCGCUUUGCAG